GCCGUUUCCGUAGCCUGUGCUGCUGGUGCCCUGGUGCAAACAGCUCUCGCACAAAUCAUUGAUCCUGACCGAAUAACGCCAAACCCGGGCACAUACAUGGAGGAUUACCGCUGAAACCGAACCGGAGGGGGCUGUUCCGCGCUUGUGAGACGACUGCUUGUGGACACAGAGCUCGGUACCUGCUCCGGAUCAUGCGAGCGCUGCAAAGAAACAUUUUGACUGUGCGUAAUUUCGGCUAAAGCGCUAGCAGCUACCCCCGGUUUAUGUUAGCGUCCUGCCCGAUCCGUUCCCCCCGAUCUAAAGCUUCGAAAGAGCGAGGAAAAUGAAAAAGUUUAACAUCAGGAAGGUGCUGGACGGACUGACAGCGGCGUCCUCUUCAUCCGCCUCCUCCUCCGCUCAGCCCGGGACACCCAGAGACAGCGAGCCGGUCCAGGAGACCCUCCAGUCCGAACAUUUUCAGCUGUGCAAGACGGUGCGUCAUGGCUUCCCAAACCAGCCGGCGUCGAUGGCGUUUGACCCGGUGCAGAAGAUCCUGGCCGUGGGGACCCAGAGCGGAGCUCUCAGGCUCUUCGGUCGAGCUGGAGUGGAGUGUUAUUGCCAACACGAGAGCGGAGCAGCCGUCAUCCAGCUGCAGUUCCUCAUCAACGAGGGGGCGCUGGUGAGUGCCUUAGCUGAUGACAGUCUUCAUCUGUGGAACCUGAGACAGAAGAUCCCCGCUGUGCUCCACUCGCUCAAGUUCAACAGAGAAAGAAUCACGUACUGCCACCUGCCGUUCCAGAGUAAGUGGCUGUACAUCGGGACAGAGAGAGGAAACAUCCACAUCGUGAACGUGGAGUCUUUUACACUCUCAGGCUACGUCAUCAUGUGGAACAAAGCCAUCGAACUAUCCACCAAGACGCAUCCAGGGCCUGUCGUCCACAUCAGUGACAACCCCAUGGAUGAAGGAAAGUUGCUGAUUGGGUUUGAGUGUGGGGUCGUGGUGCUGUGGGACCUGAAGUCUAAAAAAGCAGAUUAUCGAUAUAAUUAUGACGAGGCCAUUCACUCCGUGGCCUGGCAUCACGAGGGGAAACAGUUCGUCUGCAGUCACUCUGAUGGGACUCUGACCACAUGGAACGUACGAGCUCCAGCCAAACCCACUCAGAUCAUCACCCCACACGGGAAACAGCCCAAAGACGGUAAGAAGCCUGAGCCGUGCAGACCCAUCCUCAAAGUGGAGUACAAGACGACGCGAGCCGGUGACCCGUUCAUGGUGCUGUCUGGGGGCUUGUCCUAUGAGACGGUGGGCAGGAGGAGAGCCUGUCUCACUGUGAUGCACGGGAAAAGCACCACAGUCCUGGAGAUGGACACGCCCAUAGUGGACUUCCUCACACUCUGUGAAACACCCUAUCCUAAUGACUUCCAGGAGCCGUACGCUGUGGUGGUUCUUUUGGAGAAGGAUCUGGUCGUCAUAGACCUGGGACAGAUCGGAUACCCGGCCUUUGAGAACCCGUACCCCUUCACCGUUCACGAGUCUCCAGUGACCUGCUGUGAAUACUUCGCUGACUGUCCGGCAGAACUCAUCCCAGCGCUGUACUCUGUGGGCACCAGGCAGAAGAGGCAGGGCUACAGCAAAAAGGAGUGGCCCCUCAGUGGAGGAAACUGGGGUCAGGGGGCUCAGAGCUACCCAGAAAUUAUCAUCACAGGGCACGCUGAUGGGACGAUAAAGUUUUGGGACGCUUCUGCGUUAAUGCUGCAGGUUUUGUACAAGCUGAAAACUGCCAAAGUGUUUGAGCGAGCGCGGGUGAAAGAGGAGAAGGGGAGCGCAGACACCGUGGACGAGGACCCCUUCGCUGUUCAGACUCUGAGCUGGUGUCCUGAGAGCAGGCUGCUGUGUGUGGCAGGAGUCUCCGCUCAUGUGAUCGUCUACAGAUUCAGCAAACAGGAGGUCACCACAGAUGAAGUACAGUUGUUGGAGGUGCGUAUGCAGAGUGACUUCCCAGACUGUGCUGUGGACUCUCCAGACCCAGGGGGGGACCAGUCUCCUCCUCUGCCCCAGAACACUGCACCCUCCAGCCCCCAGCAGGAGAGCCAAGACCCCCCUGCACCUCCAGGAGUCAACUCCACCGACGCAGGGCCCAGGGACAACAUAGCCUGUCUACAGGUGCGUUCGUCUCCUCUGAAGCAGUCUGCGGGGUACCAGGUGGAGCUGGUGGUGCAGCUGGUCUGGGUGAAUGGAGAGCCCCCUCAGCCCAUCACCAGCCUGGGCAUCAACUCCUCCUACGGCCUUGUGGUGUUUGGGAACAGCAGUGGUCUGGCUGUGGUGGACUUUGUGCAGAAGACGCUGCUCCUGAACCUGGGCACAGCCGACCUGUACAGCCCCUGUGAGCCCCGCCAGCCCCGCUCCCCCAGGAAGACCAGACAGCCCUCUGCAGCUCUGUGUGAUUCCAACGAUGGGUCAAAUCCAUCUGAGGAGCGCUGCAAGUCUCCCACGUCAGGCUCCACCUCUCCCUGUAACUCAGAUGACGACCGCAAACAGAAUUUCAUUGAGAAGGUGAAGUUCAAAAGCAGGAGGUUUUCCAGGACCGUUGCCAAUGACUUUGCAAAGAUGUCUCGGAAAAUUAGCUCCUCUAAUGACCAUGCAGACAAGAAACGCAGUGUCACCACUAGGGGGAGCUUUAAGGUUGAUAAAGUCUCUCCCACGAGCCAGCACAGGAAGACGCUCUCUAGAGCUGUUUCUGUUCCCAACAAUGCGAAGGACAACUCUUUCAGCCGGUCACGCAGCUCCAGCGUCACCAGUAUUGAUCGGGAGUCCAGAGAGGCAGUUUGUGCGUUUGUGUUCUGUGAGAGUUACGGCCGGAAAGGGGAGAGUUCCCUGGGGCCCUGCCUGCUGGUGGGCACCACACAGGGGGCAGUCAUGAUGCUGUCUCUGGGUGUGCCCUCUGUGCCCGAGCAGAGACUACAGCAGCCUCUGACCGUCUCCUCCUGUGGGACCAUCUCCCAGCUCAAAGGAGGCAUCCUCACCAUGGCUCUUCUGGAUGCGAGCGGCACUCUGCUGUCCCCUGCCUAUGAGUCCUGGUACGACCCCAACGCCUCAGACGAGGAGAAGGAGAGGAUAAAGAAGCGUCGCCCGCCGUCGCCGCCUGGCUCUCUGGAGGGGCAGGACAGUCAGUUCUUGGUGUUGUGUUCAGAGAAACAGGCUAAAGUCCUGGCUCUGCCCUCUCAGACACGACUCUACAAACACAGUAUCACAGAGGCCUCCUUCGUGCUGCGCGCCGACGUGGUCAAUAUGGGCGGAGCCAUCUGCCUCAUGUGCUUCUGCGCCAACGGGCACAUCAUGGCCCUCAGUCUGCCAAGCCUGCGCCCCCUGCUGGACGUGAACUACCUUCCUCUCACAGACAUGAGGAUCGCGCGGACCUUCUGCUUCUCAAACCUGGGCCAGGCUCUGUACCUGACGUCUCCCACCGAGGUCCAGAGACUGACCUACAGCCAAGAGACCUGUGACAACCUGCAGGAAAUGCUGAGUGAGCUGUUUACUCCAGUGGAGACUCCAGAGGCUCCAAACAGAGGCUUCUUUAAAGGGCUGUUUGGAGGCGGAGCUCAGUCCCUGGACCGAGAAGACCUCUUUGGAGAGACAGCAGCAGGUAAAGCUUCCCGUACCCUGGCUCAGCACAUCCCAGGCCCGGGCAGCAUGGAGGGCAUGAAGGGCGCGGCCUCGGGGGUGGUGGGGGACCUGGCGCGUGCCCGGAUCGCUCUGGACGAGAGGGGGCAAAAACUGUCCGAGCUCGAGGAGAGGACGGCCGCCAUGAUGGCCAGCGCGGACUCCUUCUCCAAACAUGCCCACGAUAUGAUGCUGAAAUACAAAGAUAAGAAGUGGUACCAGCUCUGAUCCGACGCGUGUGGAGCAAAGGACUCUGGGAAAUCACGCACACUCCACCAUCACCGGACGCUUUUUAUUUUUCAGCAAAACGACUUCUUUUAUUUUAUUAUUUUUUUAUUUCAAUGAUUAUCCCGCCUCUGCUUUACCUCAAGUCUCCAGAGGACGACAGCAGAGUCCACACCGGCCAACGCAACCAACGCAACAAACACAGCGCUACAGAACGCAACUGCAAAGUUUAACGACCAAGUAAAACACAGGAAGUACUACUCAUGCAUUAACUGUUAUAUAUUUAAUUGGUGCCGCUUUAUAAUAUUUACACCUUAGUUACCCUUAAUAAAGCUUAACAAAGACUUAAUGAAUAAAGAAGAAAUAGUU